AUGAAUAAUCAAUAUGGUUUGAAAAGAUGUAGAAGUAAUGAGUUGUAUGGUAAUUUGGAUAUAUCGCACUAUAAGAAACAGAAAUUGAUACAAGAUUUACAGAAUUUAUCACUUCAAGACAAUACAGCAAGUGCCAGCAUCACCACUAGAACUAGCACCAGUUUUCCACAUCGAAUAAAAGACUUUAAAAUACUUCCCAAUUCAAUCACUUUUAAGCCGAUAAAUUUAUUAACAUCUAUAUCGUCAUCAGUAGAUAGAAAAAAGAAAAAUUUCAAAAAUAGACCUACUAGAGAUAAACAUGAGGAUGAUAAGGAUAGGGACCUCUCUCUAUAUGACUCAAAUUAUUAUAUAUAUUCAAAAAUCUUAAACGAUCAAAACAUUAAUUCAUCUCAAUUGAUUAAAUGGAUUGACCUUUCCAAAUUCCUUUAUUUCAUUUGGUAUAAUUGGUACUAUAAUCUCCCGAAGGAAAAUAUAACUAUAUUGAUAAUGAUGAUAUUGAUAUGGACCAACAACCCUUUUAUGAAGAUAUUAAUAUGGAUAUCGAUACGGAUAUAG